AUACCGUCGCCAUAUUGGUAUUGUCAAAAGUUCGGGAUCCAUCGGUGUGUUGGAAAAAAUGGUUUUUCGAUUCAUACAAAGCGUAUUUGUACUGUUUAAGUGUUCUAAUUGAUUGUGCUGUGACUUUAGAUGUUUCCUUUAGUUCGUCCGGUGUGGGGAACUCUUUGUGGAUAAUGUUUUCGACAGGCAAAUGUGGUGUGAGGAGCGGUUCGGAGGAAUCUUCGCCCGGUGGUGCGAAGGUGGCUUCGGAUGAGGUCGCAUCCGCUGUGGCGGCCGUGUCUGACGAGAUAGGCGACAUCUUGAAGGACGAGUUGGGUGACGCAGACCGUGCGGAUCGAAUCGGGGCUGAGUUAGCGGACCUGAGCGCGCAGCUAGGCCUCCUGGCAGGGUUAGCUGACGAACCAUCCCAAGACUUUCCAUCCCUCUUCGAAAUCGCAAAGUUCUCCUCACAGAUCGGCCACCGCGCCUCUGGCAGUGGCUCGUCUUCGUCGUCAUGGUCGGGAGGCCGCGGGGGACGCGCGCGCCGCCCGCCGCGCCCGCAGCGCGCGCCCAGGCGCCGCCCCAUCGCUAAGGGGAAGGAGAUGUCGCGGCGUCGCAGCGCAGUAGCGCGUCGCGCGGCGUCCUUGCGCGUUCGUCGCGUCGAAGUUGCGUCCGACGCGUCGGACGUCGGCGCCGACUCAGACUCCGAUGACCAGUGGACAGAACUGGAUGACAACUCUGGCAGUACAGACAGUUCAUCUGGCAAGGAAGUGAGCGGUUUAGAAAUUGACUGCCCACCCUACCAACAUAAGGGAUCGCAAGUGGAAGCGCCUCCCAUGGGUCAGUUCCUGCUGCCGCUGCUCAGCGCCGACCCCACGGCUCCGGACCCUGAGCACUUCCUCAUCAGACAUGAGGAUAUCUUACAGCUGCUCGCGUCGGCUGAGGACAGUGUGCGAGAUGAGCUGCCAUUGGAAGAUGAAGUGGAGAUUACUGGCUUAGAUCCCACUUCUGAUGUACUCAGUAAUGAAAUCUAUGAGUGUGAAGAUCCAGUGGUAACUCCUGAGGAUGAAGCAGCUUUGUUACACUAUGUCUGUGCGGAGCACCCGGGAGGUGAAUCGGAGGCACCGUUCAAGCCGGUCGAGGAAUGGCUGCUUGGUGUUUAUCACUCUUGGUGCGAGAUCAGCGCACUGAUGUAUACACUCAUAGGCACCAACAUGAGCACGGUAAUGGUCAAGUCCGAGUGGUCGUACCGCGCCCGCUUCGGCUGCCACUGCCGUUUGUGUCUAUCGCUAGCAAACAACUCCUCAGCCCUGCAUAGGUUCCUGGCCGCUCUCAUCGUGGACUUGGCUCAUGGUGGUAACACUGCCUCCAUCGGUGCAAAAAUAGUACAAGCUCUUCAUUUAGUACCCGGAGAGGAAAUUCGACCCAACGACUGGGAUCUGCCCAGCUUGCAACGCCUCAAAGUUUGCGAAGACGGAGCGUCGAUAAUCCACGAGCACCUUAGCAGACUAUCGCGCGAGAACGAGACAACAAACGAGAUCGUCAACGGCAUCUGUCUCUGUCGCGCCUAUGAGCGACCGUUUGAGAAAAUGUAUGCUAUGGAGAGGUUUUGCAAGUUAAUAGAGAACUUCAAGACUGCAUCUACUAUUACGUUUAAGGUGGAGAUGGUACCAGGCAGCGGCGCGAGCGCACCGACGGAAAGCGAGGCGGCGUGGGGUGAAGCGGUUCGGUCGCGCCUCGCGCGCUGCCUCGCGCCUCACCAGCGACGCUCCACUAGCGAGCGGCUAGCUCACAUGGCUGCCAGAACUGCGCCUCACGAUCUGAGCGCGUGGUCUGGUUACAAGCACCGCUGCGACUGCCUUACGCCGAGAACGCUCUGCGCUCAACAGAGGAAGCAGUUAUUGAGGAUCUCCUUCUUUGGCAUGAUGCAAGCAGUCAAUGAGUUCAAUGGCACCAAAGCGGACGCUGAGAAGCCAUCGAUAGAAAUGAAGCUGGACAAUUCUGGAAGAGAGUUGCAGCAAGGGGACGGGACGGGUGCCAAACCUCCGGACAACUUAGAGGAUAGAUCAUCACUUAAGAAAUCAAACUCUACCGCAGACCUGAGCGACUCGAAUAUCACCGCCGACCUAGAUGAUUUAUCUGACUCCGACGCAAACUCUGGCACCGCUUCCCUCGGCCUCUCCACCUCCUCAUCCUUGGACUCAGCAUCAGAACUACUCCUGGCUGCAGCAGCGGCCGUUGAAUCUGGUGGAUCCUCGGGUGAAGGAGGCGGCCAGUUGUGCAGGACUGUGCGCCAGCUGAUGAAGUCCAUAGCAUCCAUUGAGCGGCUCAUGGACAGGGUGCUGCAGCAUUGUGACCAGUGGACUGAUCAUGAGGCCAGGAAACGCGUUCACGUGGGCUUGUCAGAGGUGGACCGGAAGUUGAUGGCGAUGUACCGGCGACUGCCCGACGUGCAUCGGCGUCAGUUGCAACUCUACCGGAAACAGAAACGACUGUCCACGGUGUGUACGCAGCUGGUGGGAGGUCGAGCCCCCGCGCCUCCCCCGCCCGGCUCGCCGCCCCCCGCGCCCGCGCACACCCCCUGCCGCCCGCUGUGCCCCGAGUACCAUCUGCAGCGAUUCAAAGAGGUCCGUCGUAAAGUGAUGCACAUGAGGGACCAGCAGCUUUACUACCAUCGACUCAGGAUGUGGCUCGAGGACCAACUGCGACAGGAGAGGGAAAGUCUUCCAGAGAGCAACGUUACACUAAUAGAAGACCUACCUCGACGCAAACGCCGCACCGCCAGUCCUAAAAGCACUAAAAUAUCCACCGCGUCCAAAAGAAAACUCAAACCCGCGAACAUAUCCCAAACUAUCAGCAAGCCCCAUAAAAUACUCCAAAUGCUAAGACAUAAGGCACCCGUACAAAACGAUAUUAAUAUAAAGUCUCCGUAUCAAGAAAUUGAUGAUGAACCACUGCCGCCCGAAAAUUUCCCCUUCAGCGAUACAGAAACCAUAGUAGGCGAGAAAGAAAGUGAUAUUUGCAAAGAAAUGCGUGAAUGUCUCGCUAAGUUCGCGAAUUUUGCCCUCAAUAGCCCGGAUUUAAAGGAGGAUAUAAAAGAUUUGGACGCGGAGCCUGUUAAGUACCCGGAGUCAGUCAGUCCACCGUUACAGGAAAUGUCACCUACAACGUCUGAACCUAUGCCCGUAUAUAUCCAAAAUCCGCAUAGAAUCCUAACCGUCACCAAGAUUUUUAAUAAGGAAGAUAAAGUCGUCGAUUUCCAAUCACAAAUAACUGAUGUAAACCCACCGUUAAAUAACAGUGAUUUUAAACGAACUAUAGAAAUCAAAGAGAUCGAUAAAGACGAUAAAGACGGAGACGUAUAUAAAUAUGUAACGUUUGGAUUAAAAAUUAAAAAAGCAAUGGAAGAGUGUCAGAAUAUAAUCAAUUCUUAUAACAAAGUCAAGGAAGAAAUCGUAGAACCGCCCUCUUUGGAGCAAAUCAUCGAAGUUAUGAUGACUUUAGAUAAGAAUUCCGCUGAGUUUUUAGAGAAAAUGGACUCUGACGACCCGGUUGAUAUGACUAUAGCUAUAAACAAACUUUCCGAGUUAGUAGAAAACAUGCCACAAACGUUAGCAAACAUGCCCGAAAUAGCUACGAAGCUAUCCGAAUUCGCGAACACUAGUUUUGAAUUGCCCGAAUUCGCUUCUAUAAUGAACAGUUUGCCCGACGUGAAUAACGAAGCGCAACUGACUCCAGAGACUUUGAAACAGAUACGCGAGUUGAAAUUAUCUAAGCGAGAUAGCGUUAAAGUUACUAAAAACACUGCCAAGCGUAAAAUACCACGUAGGAUUAAGAAUAACGAUACAGAUCUUGCUAGUUUCGAAUUCGACGGCAAAGAUCUGUCCGAACUCCUCGGAGAUGAGAAAGAACUACAGAAUUUAAUGAAGAAUAAGAACAAUAAGGAAGACUUCAAAGACUUACUAUUUUCUAUAUCCGCUCAAGUAGUUAUUAACAAAGUUUUUGAAUACGUUAAGCAAAAUAAAAGUCCCGAAUUAGCUAAGUGUUUGGAAGAGGAAAAGGAGCUUUUUUCUCUACCGCGUAAUAGUAUUAACUCCGAAAUGUAUUCGAAAGCGUCUACUCUGUUUGAUAAUUCAGUGAAAGAUGCGUUAAGUAUGGACGAGUUGAGAGAGCUUGUUCAGUCGAGGUUUAAUUCGUGGAAACAUUACGUAGCGAGUAGAUUUAAGGGGAUACCUAUUGAAUUAUUAGAUAAUGAAAUAGAGGCAAUGUUAGAUAAAUUCUAUUCUUAUAUUCAAGAUCUAGCGUCGAGACAGUGUACGAAUGAAAGUGAUAAAAUUAUUGAGAAAAUUGAUGAACUAAGAAAGAAUAGCGACAGCAGAGACUCGGAUAGUGAGGGUUGCCCUGCUUCUAAAGAAACUUUGAAACAGAUAACUAAAUUACUCAGCACGUUUGCCGGGAAUACACUAGAUUUACUCAUAAUGAAGCUAUCGAAACUAUCUGAUGAUAAGAAAUCUGCAGUCAAAAGCCUCAAAUUCAAAUACAUGGACGUUAUUAGACGGUGUACGGAAUCGACCCAGUUGGCCGGCUGGAUAUUGUUGGAUCCCGAAAUAGCAACUAAUGUAAUACAAGAAUUGACAGGUUUAGAAGUAAGAAAAAUUGAUAACGUGCCUGACUUUUCCACUUUUACAGAAGAGAGAAAGAGAGACUAUUUCAUAGAUCGACUUAGAGAAAUGAAUAGGCAGUAUAUGGAAACGUUACCCAAGAAAGGUCUCACUGGGGACGAAUGGUUAGUCAUGUUAUAUAGAUUGGAAGAGCUAGAAGAUAAAUUGAAAGAAGCAUUUGUUAAAGUGACGCCAGCACCAAAAGUUGUUCAAACCCAGACAGCUAGUGAAGCUGAAAUAUUAGCCGCUAAAGGUCUCAGUAAAAUCAUAGGCAAAGCGAAUGUAAGAAUAGUGAAAAAGACUAACCAAGAACCUCCAAAACCUAAAAAGGAAACCGUAGAACCAGAAGUACCGCAAAAUAACGAAAAGGAUGAUAAGAAAGCGAAAAACGACGCUUUACUAGCCAAAUGUGAAGCAAUAUUAACAUCUAAAGGCGAAAAAUCUCUGUUAGACAGCUUUUAUACAAUCAAAUCGUAUAUAACCCAAGGCCUUCAAGUUCCGGAAACAUAUAAAAAACACGUAAUAUCUAUAUGCUCUAGUAUAGACGCAAAGUUACUAGACGAAGAUAUCGAAGAGACUUUGAAACUUAAAACGGAUGAGAUGGAACAAGAUCCGGAAAAUAAAGACAAGUCUCCGCUUUCCGUAAUCGGGUCUCAAAAUCCGGAACUUUUAGCGAAGUAUUCGGCGCAAGCGUUACGGAAUGCAAAGCAAACGUUGAACGCUGUCGCAUUUCGAAAUAUGUCACGGAAUGGGCAAACGAAAUCGGAAAGUGACGUGUGUGAUACUCCAAAAACUAACUGUAAAUGGACGAACGAUUGUGUUUGUGAUUCGUGUAAGGACUCUGAUGUAUCGUCGGUGUGUUUGGGGGAUAUAGUGAAGCAGUGUUACGAUGAUAAGUCCAAGAAUGGUUUAGAAGAGAAGAAGAAGGAGGUGAAAAAGCCGCCGCCGAAACAGAAGCCGGCGCCGAAACCGUGCGAGAACGCUAACCAUCAGCAGCAUGUUUGCAAAGUGGCCCACGGUGGAGUUUGCUCAGGAGAGGGCGCCACCGACCAACCUUGCAACUGUUGCUAUUGCACUGUUUUCGGGCAUGCUCCACCUCUGACGACGCCCGUACCACGCAACUUCAAUGAGACGAGGGAAAGAUUAAGGUCCAUAUUGAAUAAGAAGAAACAAAAGUGCAAAACUACCAAUGGCGAGGCGGAGUCCCCAGUGGAGCGUUCGCCCCCGCAGCCCCAAGCCCCCGUGCCACCUGCCUUGCCCAAAACCCUCCCACCGAACUUGACGACUCAGGCGCAACAGAAGCGCCAGGCCAUGGAGAACCAACAGAAGCAGCUAGCCGACAAGAUGGCCAAGAUGGUGGUCACAGAGAAACCUGAAGUGAAACCUAAGGCUGUGCAACGUUCCGUCCCAGUGCAAACCAACCCGCCGCCGGCGGUCAAAGCCGAAGGCAAAGUUAACCCUAACGCCAUGGAACAGAUACGAUUACAGCAACUAAAACAACAACAUCAAGCGCAGUUGCAACAACAAGCGCAACUGCAACAACAAAUGCAACAACAACAAGCGCAACAGCAACAAGCGCAGCAACAACAACAAGCGCAACAGCAACAACAAAAGAAACCGGAGCCGAUUUACGAUCUGCCGAUACACAACAAACCGACAUUGACGCCGCAACAACAAGAGCAAAUCCGAUUGCAACAGCAACAACACCACGACGAAAUGGUCCGCCAGAAUCGCAUCCAAUACCAACAGAAGUUUGCGUUGCAACAAAAGCAAUUGUUGCACCACGAGCUAAAACAACACGAGUUAAUAGAGCAACAAAUGCGACAAAGCAGGCAACAACAGAACAACGCUGUGUCGCUCUCGAGCAGAGAUACUAGUGUGUUCUCAUUCUCUUCCGGAUGUUCUGGGGGUUCAUGUUGGCGCGGUAGAGGCGGUUGCAACAAUAGAGCAGAGGACCCGCGCGACUUGGACGCGCUUCUGCAGUACAUAGAAGGCCCCGCGCGACAUGUAGACCGAGGCAAGAAACGAGCCAAGAAGAUGCGGCAGAAGGCGAAACGAAUGGAGUCCCGACUAUGCGAGCAGUUAGAAGAGUUGCACAGCGAGCUCACGUCCGCUCAGUCCACGGUCGCGGCGCUGAAGAAGGCGCACGCGGCCGCGUCACGAGACUUGGAGCUCGCGCGAAACACGCUCGCCGCGCAACGGACGAAGAAGAAAGGCAAAAAGCAGAAACUGAACCCGGCGCAACAGAUGAAAGUGCAAUUGGUGGCCGAGCAACUCGGCGACUGCACGUCACUCGUCAACACCACUGCCAAGGAGCUCCAAGUGGCGGAGCGUCGCGUAGCAGAAUGUAGCAAGCGGUUGAAGGAAUGCGAGAGAGAGUUAUCCGAAGCCAGGACUUUACAGGGAAAGUCCGAAGCCGACGAAGAGAACGAAUUGCAGCAUCAGCUUGAGAUGGAGCGGGAAGCGAUAAUGAAACACCAGCGCUACGAGCAACAACGGCUAUACGACCGCACCACACAGAUGAUGCUGGACGGUUUCGCGGACGGCAGUACAAUGCGGGUGUCUCACGCGAACGGCUCGGCGGUCACUCUGUCUCUGAGAGGACAACCCGACCCGGCCUUGGCGAGACUCAUAUCAGGGACAGACUUUAAAGUGGAAGUAUGCGAAGAGCAAUCCAACCAAAAGCAAACAGACAGUCAGAAGAAACAGACCUGGGAACAGGCCAUAGCCCACAUGAACCAGCUCGCCAAGGGCGCGGCCAAAGAGAAGAAGAAGCAAAAAGAACAGCAAAGUCAGAAGACCGAAGCGAAGAAGGAGAAGCAAGUCCCAGAAGCGCCGGUCGAAGAGCAACCACUGUCUAAGAAGCAAAGGAAAUUAUUAGCGAAGCAACAGGCAGAAGAAGAAGAAAGAAGAAAAGAACAACAACAAGCACAAGAGGCGGCGAAGAGUAAAAAAGACAAGAAAUCUGAACCACUCCAAACUGAGAACACGAAAAAAGACAAGAAAGAGCUAAAGAAAGAGAAAAAGGAACAGAAGAAAGAGGACAAGAAAGAGUUUAAAAAGGAAGAGAAGAAGGGAAAGGAAAAUAAAGUGGACAAGCCUGCAACGACGGCGAAGACGAAGACAACACAACAACCGCAACAACAAACGCAACAAAACAACAAAAAGGACAAAAAGAAAGACAACAACAAUCAGAAACCUCAAGUUAUUAACAUCACUGCCGAUACCACUAUAGAAGUUGUUAGUAAAAAGAACGCGUGUUCCAACGAACCCGAGAAGCCAGCGUCUUGUAGCAUCAUGGAACAACUUAGUUGCGGUGUUCAGGUAGCGGAUUUGAAGCUCCCUCCUGGUAUAACCCUGACUCGAGUUCAACCCAGCGAGAAGAAAGAACCGCCAGUCAUUAAAUCUGUCCCCCUGUGGAAGCACAACCAGCUGGAAUCCGUUCCAACGCCAGUGCCUCGCCCCCCGCCAGUCAUCAAUGCGGACCCCUCGCUUAUGAUGUUCUCCACGCACAACCACGGGGUCAAUGUUCCAGAAAACCCGAAAACCAUCGUGAUACCAGAAGCCCAACCCCAAGCGCCAGGCAAAUCGAAAAAGGCAAAGAAAAAAGCCAAGAAGGCGGCCGAAACCGAGCAAAAACAAGAGGGGGCCAAAAUGGUUACCUUGCGCAAUCCCAUGUUCCAUCCAAACCUCCCACCAGUCCAAAUAACCAACGCCCCUCCACAGAAAAAGUCCGAGAUUCGAAUCCCGGACCCCAUACCCAUGCCGCCAGCGCCUUGCCAAGCAACAAUAACCCCCACUUCCAACGGGAUGUACACAAUCCGAAACCCCCUAAUGUCCAUGAUGCACCAACAAAACCUUAUGGGUAUACGAAACCAGACCCCACCUAUCAACCCGGUCUACACCCAACCACAAUACAACUACGUCAACCCAAACGUGUACAACCCACAAUUCGUGAUGGACCCGACCCAAAACAACCCAAAGAACCCAGACUUGGAACUCCAAAACCGCAUAAUGAACUUAGCUUCAUUCACCCAACAAAAUGACGAAGGGUACUCCCUCUUCAAAACCACGGAUGAUAACCAACAGAAGAGCUUUUUGAGCCCGGAAUUCUACGAUCAAAGCAGUCAAAACCCUAAAGUUGUGUCCCCAAAUCCUAUAGGAACCCGUCCGGACCAUAAUCGGAACUACGAAAAUGACUCGUUAUUCGCUAAUCCUAUACGACCUGAGCCAAUAGGGACUCCUUUGAAGAUCGAAGAGGAAAGGUUGUAUACUCCGUUUGGACAAGAAAGCCGGAAUGUUUUCCGGAAUGCUCUGUUCAAUGACAAGCCGGAGAUGAGUCAGAGUUGUGGGAAGAUGGAGGACACGCAUAGUUUCAUGUCCAAUGGAGAUCAGCUGCCCUACUUUCAACGGUUGCGAGCCGGUUCCAAGUUGAACAGUGAAGUUACUAUACACUAUGUGACGGACUCUAAGUUUUAUAAAGGACAGGAGGGUCAGCAGUGCCCGGGUGAUACGUCGCUGUUCUCGCGGCCGCACGCGCACACACAGACGCACAGCUGGCCCGACGCGCACGCACACAACAGCGAGUUCGCGCCCUACUGACAAGCAGGCAUGCAGUCGUCAGUCAGUUCCAUGACUGGCGAGUCAGCCUGCGACAGUGGAGGCGCCUCCCCACCACAACUACCACACGAAUCCAGUGGAUAUCAUCCCUCGCACAGCAUCCCAAGCCUGCCGCCUGUUUGCGCGGCCGAGCAAGACAACAUGGACUCAUUCCAGAGAUUUCACUUCUAAAAUCCUUUUUUUUUAAGUUUUGUUUUUAAUUUUUUUUUUAAAGAAUAUUAGCCAUUUGAAUACUAACAUUCCCCUUUCCCCUCCAACUAAGCGUAAAGCUUGUGCCAGGAGUGGGUACGACAAUAGUGCAACGGGUGGGGUUCGAACCGCCGACCUUUCGGAUUUCAAACCGCUCCUAUAACUGUUGAGCUAUUGAUUCAAACUAUUUUAUAGCACGGCGUAUUAUAAACCAGCACUUAAGUAACGUUAACCGUGACUUAUUAUCACACUAAUAUUAUAAAGGAGAAAGUUUGUGUGUGUGUGUGUAUGUUUGUUACUCCUUCACGCAAAAACUACUGGACGGAUUGGGCUGAAAUUUAGAAUGGAGAUAGAUUAUACCCUUGAUUAGCACAUAGGCUACUUUUUAUCCCGGAAAAUCAAAGAGUUCCCACGGGAAUUUUAAAAAACCUACAUCCACGCGAACGAAGUCCGGGCAUCAGCUAGUUAACAAAAAUGGGAGAUUAAAGUUCAUAUUUCCAUGCUUUACUGUGAGUCCAGUCGAAGUGGAGUCGUUAAUGUGCGUAGACUGGUUUAAAUCAUGGCCAAUGUGUCUAAAGUUACACCCUGUAUAUUGCUGCUCCUUUCAUAAUGCUCCCUGCAAAAAGAGAUAGCACUAGAUUCAGACCUGUCAAAUUAGUUUAGAGUUUGUGUACAACAGAAUUACUCACUCUUUUUAAAAAUUAUAAUGUAACUUAAGAAAACUUAUAUGCUGUGCAUGUUUUCUUAAUGGACAUGGCUUGUUCUAAAAUGUGACGAAAACAAAUGAAUGUGACUAAACAAUAAAAUGUUAUUGUGACUAAAUAUUAUGACGAAUUAGUAUUGGGUCCAGACACACUUGUCCGCGAAAAUUCGCAAUUAAUCGUCUCACGGCGCUUUUGUAUAUGUAUGAUUAAAAUUAAAAUUCUUAGUCAUUAACGAAAAAAUGUUUUCGCAAUACACAUGUAGAAACGCAAUGAAUUUUUUUUUUCGUUUAGUAUUUAGAUGGAAAAGUGGAAUUUAAGUAACAUGACAUCUUGUGUCUUAAGAAGUUACAAAUGUAUGAGCAAUUACU